AUCCGCGCCAUAUUAGCAAAAACAAAGAGCCGCUUUGAGUUGGUUAGGUCGGCUUGGUUGUCUCUUUACUUACGCUGUUGAUUUAACCGUGUCCUUGUAUGGAGGCGCGAAUUGCCAUUUUGUCAUCAUCCAAAAUAAUGCGUGGGUCGCUGUGCCAAAUCUUGCGUUUGUCUAAAGAAGGAUAGGUCAGUUACUGGCGUAUCGCUAGACGAAAAAUUUCUUACGUAUAACGUUCCUUUCCAAAAGUUCACGCCCACUUACUUGAGCCUGUUCCACAAUCUAGACGGUUUGUUUAUUUAUUCCACCGGUUGGUAUACAUAAUCUCGUCAUUUUAUUUUUUCGUUAUUAAGCCUAGGAGAUGGAAUUAUUGUGUGUGUGCUAUCAUCGCUAAAAUUCAUAAUGUCGAAUCGGUUGGUUCUACGUGAAGGUGAUUUACGUCACUGUCACUCUUGAAAAAGAAUUCAUCCAAAUGGAAUUAUCAAACGGAUGGAUAGCCGGAUGUUACAUAAUCAAGUGUUUUGCUUUCAAGCUUUUCUUUUUCUUCUCAACUUGUACCCGUGGUAUAUGGACGCAGGGGUAUAGGAGAAAUGCAUAAUGGAAGGUCAGCGCUGUGGUACCUCGUGACUGGUAUAAGGCGCAAUACAAAUAUCUUUCUCCAGAGUAGUCUUGAGGCUACCUGUACGAUCUGAUCUUAUUUACAUGAAAGCUCAAGGUAGCGUCUUAGCAAGCUACGGGAUUUCGAUAUUCAAUUUUUUUCCAAUAUUUUUUGCGAUCAGUCUUGUCAAAAGUUCUUAGGCGGACAGAGAACGUCAGGUUUGCUUGCGUCAGAUUUGUAAAUACAGCGUUAUCGGCCACGUCGACGAUCCUCAGGACGUACACGAUGUGGCUGAACGAAACGGAAUUGUUAGUACAUAACCGCGACAGAGAGCUGACGGAGAAGCCUGCGAUAGUCGGUUGCCGACGUGUCGUGCACUCCGAUCUACCCAGGAUCGGCCAACUGGUGCGCAUGAAAACGUACGACAUGUUCGGCGACGUGAAUCCUGGUCGUAUACAGUAAGUCUUCUUGGAUUUAUGUACAGACGUGUAUGUAUGUAUAUAUAUAUAUAAAACCUAACAUGGAGGUACCCACCUCCGUGAAGACAUUGACUCGAGGUUAUACCUAGUGAAAUAUCGUGUCUGAGCCUGGGGCAAGUAAACGAGAAGGAUGAAUUAGUUUCCAGUAUAAGCUUAUGUACCUACCCGAACGUGCCGUCAAUAUCAUCAUACGACUGGCUCAGCUGGAUAAUGAUGCAUUACGGGUAAUCCAUUUUGAGAAAGACAGCUGGUAUUCGUUAAGGAGAGUAAUACUUUUUUUUUCCUUCUGUCCCCUCUUAUAAUUUUUCAAAAAGAAUGGAACGUCUUACCGAGAGGGAAACGCUAUUCGUUCAUCUUCUCGUUUGGGACACCCGAUAUAACGACGAAUUUUUCGUGCCUCUGCUCGACUUUGUUUUUACCCGCACCACUUUUUGCAAUCAAGUCAUUCUCGUGAUGCCACCCUGGGUCGAUCCAGGUAAAAGGAAGAACCCUAUGGAACGCUAAUCGAUUAAACAAAAUGGUCUUUAUUGGAUUUGACUUUGGAUUAUAGUUGAUUUGAUUGAGAAGCACAUGACCAGAAUCUUACCUAAAAGUUUUCACGAUAGCCGCAGGAUUCAGGCUCUCUAUGUCAGCUUUCGGCAUAGUCACUGUCCGAAGCUCAAAAUACGACGAGUAGUCGAGGAAGACAACGACGACAUAGUGCCUAUACUUGACCGCGACUCUCACCGCAUAAAGGAUAUAUACGGGGAGUAUUAUAUAAGCGAAAUGAUGCGGUACCCCGAUGGAAUGCGUCAGCUGAUCGUAGCGGAAGUGGAUGGUCUGGCUACGGGAGUGUUGUGUCUAAAUAGAAUAGUCGAUAUCGACGUGCUCAAUGAAUAUUUCGAAUUGGGACCUUAUCGUGGAUUGAGAAAGCCUCACGAGUCGGACGUCAUAGUUAUGCCCGACAAAGUCAAGACAGUGAGCGAGAUUCUAUUUCAUAAAGAGAGUCAAGAGUUACCGGACGCUGGUUCGAUACUUGAAGAGGUCGAAAAAAUUGCUUCGAACGAACAUAACAUACGGCCCAGUAUAAUGCGAGGUCGACACAGUUUUAAGAAAACGAGCGGCUCCAACGGUAUGCAUAAGAAAGUGUCGAUCAAUCAGAGCAACGAAGUGCUCGCGUCUCCGGAUGAUGCUAAUAGUGAUGACUAUGGUAGUGACACGUCGGAGGUAUACAGAUUCAAAAUUGUGUUCCGAUACAGAGUUUUAAAUACGAGUAAUUUGGCAAUGCAGGAGUCUCCAGACAGUGUCUCAAUUAAAUCCACUGACUCCGGCUUGUCGAGAAGAGAUGACGAUAACGAUGAACCCCACGAAUCAAACCAUCGAAUGUCUGUCGAUGAUUUCGAAUCGAAAUUACGACAGAGCAUUUUUGCUGCAACGAUUGCCGAUCUUCCUACGAAAGGAAAGAGCUGGGGCGGCAAAGCAGAAAAGCCUGAUAGCAAAGCUUCAGACUCUUGCGAAACAACUGUCGGAGUUUCAAAAUAUUACGGGGAACCGAAUGCCUUCACCAUGGAGUUGUUCAGCAUGACACCGGAAAUCGGCGAGAGAAGAGCAGCGGAUUACCUGGGAGCAGCAUUCGAGUGUUUUCCAGACAGAGACUUCUGUGUGAUGCUGAUACCCUCCACCUACCAUUUGUUUACGUUCCUUCAGCAUUUCGUGAGAGUGCCGCUACGAUUUAAUAAGGAUUUUCCAAUGGUGCUGUACCUCGCUCAUCGCAGCACAUUUUUGGGAAGUUUCAAAACAAGGGAAGCAGUGCCUUUCGAUAGGAACGAUAUCCUAGAGUUUUUGGACGGAAUGCCCAAGAAAGAGGCUGUCCUGAGGGACUUUGACGACAGUAUGCGCUCGGGAGAUCAGAUGGAAUCCUACAUUUUCUUGUGGGAAGGAUCGGUAGUCGGUCUUGCCAUUCUUUGUUUGGAAAAUGAUAUUGAUUACUUAAGGAGCCGUUACGUGGUCGAGGAUUACGUGCUAAUUCCAAACGUAUCCAUGCACGCUCACGCACGGUUAUUGCACUGGGUAUUGAUGCCAAUAUUUUCGGUCGAUCGCAGAUUCUUUUUUCGAGAAUUAAUGAGACUCAGCUCGACCUCCGUUGUGUACUAUCGUCUUUAUGAAAAUGAGGCCAGCUCUUUGACUCGAACUCAUCCCUUAGUAUCCUGCUUAAACGUGAUGAUCCCUGUUAACCCUCGUAAGCAGAUCGAUUACACGUAUGGCCAUUACGAAGAUAAUAUUCCGAGUGACGUCAUACUUCGUAAGACGGAACAAAAGUUUUCUUUAUUUUUAAUGACUGCUCAAAUGUCAAUGGUGACCAAAAGUGAUGUCAAUACUAAAUUUAUUAUUGUUGGCGCCUCCGACUGUGGACUUGCAAUCGCCGAGCAUCUUGCAAUGUGGUCGGAUCCCUGUUUCAUGCAUUUUAAUAACGUUACGCUUGUUUCGGUAAAUGGAAUACCCUUCGAACGGGAACGUAAUUUUUUGGAAUACAAAAUGCUACCGUUCAGAGGACGUUAUUGUUACGAGUAUAGAAAUCAUAUAACUGCCAGAGCAUGGCUGAAUAUUGUUUACGGAACGAUGAUUUCAAUUGAUAGAAAGGAUAAAUAUAUAACAAUAGCGAAUAUGGGUACAUUGUCUUAUGACUAUUUGAUACUGACCGGCGGACUUCAAUAUCAGAAACCAAAGUUUUCCGAGGAAAUCGAUGCAGAAAAAAGAGGUGAGCUUAAGGACUUUGAAAUUCCGUCAAAUUGUUUAAUGAUAAAUGACGAUAAGGAAGCGUCUAUUUGUUUCGAAAGGUUCAAACAUUUGAUAAACGAUGGCUCGGAAAAAUAUAUCGUUUUAUAUGGUCACAAUAUCGAUUGCUACUGCGUCCUGAAUGUAUUACUGGAAUACGGUAUAGAAGCCUCUAAGAUCACUUUGAUCGAGCCACUUUCACAAAUAUGCGAAGAUCACGACGUAGCGUUCUUAUACGACGUGGAAGUGGACGCAGCCGUGAUUGGCGCUCUUAAAGAAACCGGAACAAGCGUAUUAGCCGGUUGGGAAAUAACUGAUUGGGAUGUAGAAGAAGUGGGUAAGGAGAAGCUGAUCAGAUACUUAAAAGUCGAAACAAAAACGGAGACUCAGAAAAUCCCCUGUGACAUGCUUCUCAAUUUCAAUGAAAAAACCAUAUGCAUGAAGACAUUCAAAGCCAUCGCAAAGGCAGGUCUGGUUUUCGAUGGUCAUCUGGUUAUCGAUCCCGAAUAUAGGACAAACGAUCCAUUCAUCUUCGCGGCUGGUACGAUAACGAAAUAUUCAAGAAAAUUGGGCACCGAGGGCUGGUCGCACAAAUACUACAAUCGGAUCGAAGUCGGCGAGACGCCUUUCGAGAUGCACAAUAUCAUAUCUUUGUAUGGGAAGCAUAAUGCAAUGUUGAAUGACGUGAAGUUACGGUAUCAAAAUUCCUUGGUGCCUGACUUAUAUUCUUAUUUUCGUGAACCGUGGGCAACUGCGCUAUUUCUUGAUAGAUUUGAAGGUCUUCAAGUUCAAAAUCGAGCUACUCUGUUGUCGCAUACGGGAGUUUACGGUAAUUCGCUUAUCGAUGACUGUCUGCGUGCUUUGAUAAAAUCAAAAUGGGAAGCUAUGUCGAAAGAGGAUCGCGAAAUAAUAAAAUUGAAAUUUCUGGGUUCCCCGUAUCAAGAAACACUUGAAAACAAUUUGAUUGACUUUUUGCAAUAUUAUGAAAACCAACUUCCCAUGUACUGCAACCCACGAAAAUUGCGACACUUGUUAAGUGGCAUAGAGGACAGUCCAUUAUUUUAUAAUCAAUAAGUGAUUAUCAUAAAACGACAUAAAACAACAAGCAUAUUCAUUUUAUUUAUAAUUUUUAUCUCGAAUUAAAAUAAAUCGUAUUUCAUAAUUUUUUCCAGAAUUUUUAUUCUCCGAACAGUCAACACUGUCUCGACAGUCCAUUAUUUAAUAAUCAAUGAAUGAUUAUCAUAAAACGACAUAAAACAACAAGCGUAUCCAUUUUAUUUAUAAUUUUUAUCUCGAAUUAAAAUAAAUCGCAUUUCAUAAUUUUUGUUCAGAAUUUUUAUUCUCCGAACAGUAAACACUGUCUCGUUCAUUUAACACGUAAAAUCCAUUUGAUCUCGAUCAAUGAAGCACGUAAGCAAUGCUAAAAUCUUCUCCGGGUGAUGCAUAAUCCAUUACUUGGUAUGCAGUCCAAUCCAUAUGUCAAGUUCACAUUUCAUAAGAUUGUUCCAGCGUCAACCUCAACACAGUGUAGCAACAUGAUAUAACCCACGCGCUAACUGAAGGUCGCGGAAAGCAUAAAUUACGUUUCACGCCCAUGAAAAUCAAGGCGUAAUAGACACUGGACGACAAAAAAGUAAAGUUUUGUAUAAGAGUAUCGCCCACAAAAGAACGACGAAGUAGUUCGAAUACAGUAAACAGUAGCACGAAUAAUUUGAAGUUCCUUUCCUAUAUGAUUACCCCGAAUGAAAAUUGUGCAUCGAUCUUCAUUAUGCAGCAGCGAUCGCGAUCACAAAAUGCAAGUGCAGCGAGAAGUCUGCGGAUUCCUUGUUUACUUGACUUUGAUUCUCUUUCACGAUUACGUCAUGGUACCGCAACGGCUUUGAAAAUGAUUUUGAAUCCGAUCCAAGAUAUACGUCGAGCACAACGUCUGUUGGGAUCAAUGUCGAUCUAAAUUUACACGUAAGCCGUCCUUCAGAUCACAGAAAAGUUUGACAAUAAAUGAACGAGUUUCUCACGAGCAGACCACUAGUCGCACCGACGUGACUCUAGACGCUGCAGCGAAGUAAUUUGAAAAAGUAUCGGAAAACAAGUGACAAG